CAGUCGUCCAGGUAAAACCGUGUGGCCUCCGGGGCUGUUUGGAGUGGGCGCUCAAGGCCCCGCCCCCCACGCCAUGCGGCUGCAAUGGCAGCGCCCCGAUGUGAUGCUCCUCCUGGCCUUGGCCGCCUUGCUGCUGCUGUUCCUGACCCGCGAGUCGCCACCUAGCUGCCCCGCCCCCGAGAGGCCCUCGGAGCCUGAGGAUGACCCGGCGUGGGCUCCCGGCCCCCCGCGCGCGCACCCCGCCCCGUGCCGAGCCAAUCUGUCGGUGUCUGCCCACCCCGAUUUCGCGGGGUUGCCCUCACACGUGCGCGAUUUCCUGCUCUACCGCCACUGCCGCGACUUCGCGGUGCUGCGGGAGCCGCGGGCGACCAAGUGCUCGCGGCCGGUGUUCCUGCUGCUCGCCAUCAAGUCCUCGCCUGCGAACUACGGGCGCCGCCAGAUGCUGCGCGCGACAUGGGCGCGCGAGAGACGGGUGCGUGGGGCGCCGCUGCGCCGCCUCUUCCUCGUGGGCUCAGACCGCAACCCACAGCAGGCGAGCAAAUUCAACCGGCUGUUGGAGCUGGAGGCGCAGACGUACGGCGACAUUCUCCAGUGGGAUUUCCACGACUCCUUCUUUAACUUGACGCUUAAGCAGGUCCUUUUCCUGGAGUGGCAGCGAACUCGCUGUACCAACGCCAGCUUCGUGCUCAACGGGGACGACGACGUGUUCGCGCACACGGACAACAUGGUCACCUAUCUGCAGGGCUACGACCCGGACCAACACCUCUUCGUGGGGCACCUGAUCCAGAACGUAGGUCCCAUCCGGGUGCCCUGGAGCAAGUACUUCGUCCCCCCGCUGGUGAUGGCCGAGAACAGCUACCCGCCCUACUGUGGCGGCGGCGGCUUCCUGAUGUCGCGCUUUACCGUGACCGCGCUACGUCAUGCCGCGCGCAUCCUCCCCAUCUUCCCCAUCGACGACGUGUUCCUGGGCAUGUGUCUGCAGCAGCAGAGGCUGACGCCAGGGGCGCACAGCGGAGUGCGCACGGCGGGGGUGCACCCCCCUAGCCCACGUGUGUCAUCCUUCGACCCUUGCUUCUACCGCGACCUGCUCCUCGUGCACCGCUUCCUGCCUUUUGAGAUGCUGCUGAUGUGGGAUGCGCUGAGCCGGCCCCAGCUUGCCUGCAGCAAGCAGGGCCGCGCCUACUGACAGGUUUGGGGGAGUUGGCACCCCUGGCUCCUGUCCUUACCCAUGUGCCAUGGGCUGGCUUCAAAGAGAGGUUCAAAGUGAGGAAGGAGUAGCAAGGUGGCUCUGAGAAGUUAAUAGGCUGCUGGACACACUCCUAAGUAUUCCUGGAAAGCCUCCUGGUGCUGCUCACAGCAGGCACUGUGAAUAAAGCCACAUGUGAGUGAGCUCUGAGCCCUUGCUAAGCAAGAAAUGCUGUGGGCAGACCCCAUGGGGGUCAAGCUCUGGCCUCAGACUGGGCCUUGGCCUCUCUCAGGACUCCGAGGAAUUGGGGCAGAGGCACAAGGUAGAUUUCAAACUGGGGAGCUCAGAGAUCUUGAUUUGACUCCCACUAGUGUCCCCCAAGAACUCGGAGAUCCUCAGAGGUUGGAGAGUCCUGUGUCCCACAGAUGGGGAUGGCGAGGAAUAAAACCCAUAGAAGGCUGAA